UGCCCGCCUCUCCCUCGCUAGGCUGGCAAGCAGCGGCUUCUUAAUCCUCAGUCCGCUUUGCAAGUGGAAGAGAGAGGUUGGUGGUGGUGGAGAGGGAGGGUCGGCGGCUGGCUGCACCUACGGGAAACAGGUGAGAGCAGCGUGAUCCCUGAAGAAUCCAUUGACAUUUUUUCCAGUGCUAGCAUUGAACAAGUUCACAGUGAAAGCCGGUCAGAAGUCUUCAUGUUGCUUUAAAUAAAACCCUUCAUUGCCGCAUGUAAGGUGAGAGAUCUCCUUUCUGAGAAGAAGGAGGGCUCUUCUCGCAGCAGUAACCAAGCAGUCUUUUAAGAAGUAUGAAAGCGGAGUUGAAGAAACUGAAGCCAAAGGCAAGACUUUAACCAAGCCCUUCAUAAUAAUUUGGAACACCAUCAAAGCACAACAUUCUUGAUAGGAUUACAUCUUUCUGUUGUGGAGAAGAGAAGAAAUUACUUGGGGAAUUUUAUUUUUCAUUUCUCUGAUCUCUCAAACCUUCUGGAUAGACAGAACUAACUGGAAAACUAAAUUGAAAACCAUUUCUAUGCUAUUGCUUGUGGGUUUUUUUUUUAAAGCUAAAAUCCAAAGUUUUCUGGUUUUAAAGACUCUUAAUUUACAAAGUGCCUUUAUGAAGAAACUUUCUCCAACUCUUUAAAGCAGCUGAAUAUUUACUGGCAAAGGCAGUAAGAGCUGAACUUAAAAUUCAAAGGGUUCAAACGUGGAAAGAUGAUGCUUCAGAGACUUACAAGCCAACAUUAAUAAGCAGAAUAUUUUGCAUUGUGUAUUAAGUGUGCACCAAGUGCCCUUGCCUGGGAAGGAACUUCCAGGAAAGACCAACUAGAUACAAUUUUGCUGGAAACGCUUGUGGUUUCUUUGCUGGCUCUGUGGCUGGCAUCCCCAGUUCUGAAUUGUGCUUCAUGGGGGUUUUUGGGAGGGGAGCAGAUCUUGCAGCAAAGGACAACAUUGUGGAUCUGGGAGACUUGGAACCCAUAUGCCAACAGGCAGAUUGUCUGAACCCCAGAAGGAAAGGCUUUUUCUCCAACAGUUGCCUUCUGUAGUGUAUUGAAGACUGGAGCAAAACCACACAGUCUAGCAACAUGUCAUCCAAGCUGGAACAAAAGGAGGCUCACCACGCCAAUGGAGUCGUGCUGCCCAUUGUGGUUGGGCCUUUAGACUGUCUCUCUAGCCCCGACCGAGAACAUCUGGUUGAAUCCUCAGAGUUUUUAGGACCUGAAGAAGAAGUAGGAGUGGAGGUGAUAGUGAUAGAAUCCCGAGCCAAUGCCAAGGGGGUUUGCGAAGAGGAUGCUCUGCUGGAAAAUGGCAGUCAAACUACUGAGAGUGAUGAUACCAGCACAGAUCGGGGUCCAGAACCAACUUCUCUACUCAAAGAGACGUCUUUUUCCAUCGGGCUACAAGUCCUUUUUCCUUUUCUGCUGGCAGGAUUCGGAACAGUAGCUGCUGGAAUGGUCCUGGACAUUGUGCAGCACUGGGAUGUCUUCAAGUAUGUGACUGAAGUCUUCAUCUUGGUUCCAGCACUUCUGGGGUUGAAGGGCAACUUGGAGAUGACACUAGCCUCUCGACUUUCUACAGCUGCUAACAUUGGGCAAAUGGACAGUUCUAAAGAACUCUGGAAGAUGAUAACAGGGAACAUGGCUUUAAUACAGGUUCAAGCAACAGUGGUUGGUUUUUUGGCCUCAAUUGCUGCAGUAGUAUUUGGCUGGAUUCCAGAUGGACACUUCAGCAUGGGCCAUGCGGUUCUUCUUUGUGCCAGCAGUGUGGCCACUGCCUUUAUAGCCUCCCUCGUGCUGGGCAUGAUCAUGAUUGGUGUAAUAAUUGGCUCUCGAAAGAUGGGUAUCAAUCCUGACAAUGUGGCUACACCUAUCGCUGCCAGCCUCGGUGACCUCAUCACUCUUGCCCUGCUCUCUGGGAUCAGCUGGGGGCUGUAUAUAGAAUUGGAGGACAAACCCUACGUGAAUCCUCUGGUGUGUGCCUUUUUUGUUGCACUACUCCCACUCUGGAUCAUCAUUGCAAGGAGGAAUCCAGCAGCCCGGGAGGUCCUAUACUCUGGCUGGGAGCCAGUCAUCAUUGCCAUGGCAAUUAGCAGUGUUGGUGGAUUGAUAUUGGGGAAAACUGUGUCAGAUCCAAAUUUUGCUGGAAUGGCAGUCUUUACUCCAGUUAUCAAUGGUGUGGGUGGCAACCUGGUAGCUGUCCAAGCAAGCCGCAUCUCCACUUACCUCCAUAUGAGUGGACUGCCGGGACAGAGCUCGGAAACAGUAUCCCGCAAAUGUCCAAGCCCUUGUAGCACUUUCUUCAGUUCAGAUGUGAAUUCCCGAUCUGCUCGAGUCCUCUUCCUCCUGGUGGUUCCUGGUCAUUUAGUUUUCCUUUAUACCAUCAACUGCAUGAGGGCUGGCCACACAACACUCACCUUGAUCUUCAUAUUGUUCUACAUGACUGCAGCACUUUUGCAGGUUCUCAUCCUUCUUUACAUUGCUGACUGGAUGGUCCACUGGAUGUGGGGCAGAGGCCUAGACCCUGACAACUUUUCUAUACCAUAUUUGACGGCGCUGGGCGAUCUGCUUGGGACCGGUCUCCUGGCACUCAGCUUCCAUAUCCUCUGGCUCAUUGGGGACCGGGACACAGAUGUGGGGGACUGAAAUCCUUCCUUCCUCAGCUUCUUCACCCCCCGUAGAUUUCCUUCAGUGACAUUCCCCACCGCCCCCCAGCUCUAUUCCCACUAUUUGUCUCUCUUUGGGACUUCAACUUUGAUACUGGGUUCUCAUUAUUUUCAAUGGGAAUUUUAUGUGGUUUCUAUUUCAAGCCACGUUUGUACAUAAAAAGUAUAUAUAGUUUUAAGAUGGAUGAAAGAAAAAAUGUGUAAAGACAAUCACCAAGUGCAAUUUCAUAAUGGUUAAUAUGUAGGAUACAAUAGAGAAUGAUUGCAUCAACAAUCUUUAAAGAAAUCACAUGUUUUUCAUUUUGCACCCCCCUUUAAGGCACUACAUGUAAAUAUAUGUGUGCGAUUUUGUGUAUGUGUGAGAGAGAAUAUUUGAAAUGCAAUGCAGGUUCCUAAAGUGUUAAACUCAUCACAAGAAUUCCUCGUUUGUCACAUUUGGAUUCUGAAAUUGAUUAAAUGGUUUGGAUACCCACUCCUCUUCAAUCACAAACCAGGCUUAGGAAAAAGACCAUGGCUAUUAGUAAAUAACAAAAUCAGUCACGAUGGUGGGGUGCAUUUUGCACUAUGCUGUUGAAUGGAAGGUCUUCUUUGGUCUUUGAAGUGAAGCAAUAAUAAUAAUGAUUUAGUGCAUCGGUAGGAAAGAACAGCUCAAUGGAUGCACCCAACGUACGAAUUAGCAGCCUCCUAAGAUUCACAAAGCUUCCUGAACCCCCAUAAAUGUUCUUUAAAAAUAAAGGGGGUGUUCCCAAAAGGCUCAAAACUUCUACACAAUGCAGAGGUUUUGUUCCCUAAGCCUCCCACAUACCAACAACAACAAAAAUGGCCAAAAACAUAAAUGGAAGGGAAAUAAAGUCACUUCUGGUCUCAUCGGGCAUAGUGGGUACAGGCCCUGGAAAAAAGAGUAGACAUUCAAAUGCCUCCUGCUCCACAGUUGCCUAUCUGCGAUCUAGAGCUGCUCUUCAUUCCAGUUCCAAAUUAAUUAUCAACUGAUGUUGCUAUGAAAACGUGGCUUGCGAUGACAUGCUUUCACCUGAUCUUUUCAAACUAGCUCUUCUGUACAUAUUGUAAAUUUGUCAUUUUAUGUUACAUUUCUAGUCUUCCAAAAAGUCACAUGAUUUUCUCCUGUUAUACAGCAGUUAUCUUUGCAGAAAUGUGACAGUCCAUUAAACAAAGGCUGACACUUUUUUUAUUCCUCCAGCUACCUAUCUCUCUCAUGAAAAGUCUGUUUUUUAUUGCCUACUUUACACUGACCGAUGCCUCCUGGGUGCCAACUCACGUAUUGCCUUUUUAAAUCCAUGAUGCUGUGUCUAUCUGGGACUGGCUUAUAUGGAACUGCAAACUUGAACUAAUGAACUUAAUACAUACAUGGUUUCCAAAUCUUUAAUGCCUGGAAUUUAUAUACUGAUGCUGAGCCAGGCUGCUUUAAUUUGAAGAAUCACUAUUUGGCACCUCUUGAGAUCUAGAGAAAACCAAUACAAGAUUGUUGAGUGCAUCUAAGUCUGAAUACAUGUUGGAUACUAUUUGAUGGCAACCCAGUGACCAAUCAUAUCUCUGUUGCCCCUUCACACAGUACAGAUGGUUCAUAUCAAGGCUUCACAUACACGAACUGUGUGUUCUGACACUUCACUUGAUUUGUACGGUAAGUCAGUCAAAUAUAUGCUAGUCAGCAUGUGACACGCAACAUAGAAGCAAGAUGUACCUCAUAUUUAAUAUUGCUUCUCUACAACCCUGAACUGGCUUUUCUGUGAUGUCAAAAUCAAUGGUUCUGUUUUACAGUUGGAUAGUUGUCUAUUACAGCAGUUUUUACCUGGGAAAUAUGACACUUAAAUUUGAGCCAAAGGGUUCCUUACUGUAUCUGACUAUUAGGAAGCUUAGCUUGCAAACACCUUGAAUGCUUUUGCUGACUGUAUUGAGUUGCUAAUUUAGGGUUCAGUCUAUGUAGGGAGCAGAGUGAGGAAUACAUGUUGGCUUCCAUGAGCAAAGAUUUCCUGUUCUUAAGUGUACAACUCUGCACAAAAUUCAGCAACUCCUGUCCUCCAACACUAUAGGUAAUGCAGAGAAGUUGAAGAAAUGUAAAGUGGAAACCUAAAAUAGUUCCAUACCAUUAGAUGUGGAAAAGCUUGUGAGUCACUACUAGACCCUCCUGGGUAACAGAUUGUUUCCAUUGAUCUGUGUUUGUUGUAAUAUUGGAUUCAAUAAUAUCGCUGGAGUUGCUUUCACUGAUGAAAACUAAAUAUUGUACACAUCUAUGAAGGGUGAUCGUCAAAAUGCAUUUCAUCACAAAACACUGCUAAAUUGGGGGUUUGGAUGUUGUUGAAUUUGUUUUAUUUAUUUGUUCCUGCAUCAGCUUCUCUUUGAUUAAUGCAUCAUUUAGCUUUUAUUUCUAUAUAAAAACUGAGAGAAGAAAGUAAUUCAGAGAAAGAAGAAAUGCAUUCCAAGUAAAAAUAUAUGUCUUCCCCUUUUCUAAGAAAAGAAGAAAGUGGUAUUAGUACAUUGUCUUGAGGCGUGAGCAUCUAGAUUCAACUAGAGCCGGGGGAAGUUACUAUUUUGGGUCUACAAUCCCCCAGAACCUCCAGCCAAUAUGUCAAUUAGCUGUUACUGACUAGAAGUAGUAGCAGUGCAAAAAAAAUAAAGGAAGGCAUUGAAGGCACUGGCUUUCUGCUGUCACCUAUUCUUAAACAUAGCCUUGAAUAUAACUUUGCUUUACAAAUAUAUGUAAUUUGCUUUUCUUUAUAGUAAGCUUUUAUCUUUAGUUGGGCUUGAAAACAGCAUUGGCUUUUCCAUAAAAUUUGAAUUGAACUUCUGAGCUGAAACUGCUCUUAAGAGGCAAAAUUGCUACAAUUCAGAGGGCUUACAGUAAGAAUUUGGGAAGGGAAAUAGUGCUAAUGUGGUGCCUAGUGAUCACUGCUUUUAAGCCUGUAAUCCUUCAAUGGACAAUAUUUUGGGAGUAGUUCUGUAACCUUAGAAUCUGACAUGAACACUGCAGCCUUCAUGUUCUAACUUGCCACCAAAACAAAAGGAAUGGGAUACAGCUACAAAGAUGUCUGACAUAAAUCUUUGUCUUCUGCUUUGCAGAGUAGUCUUAGUAUUUCAAAACAAUGGAUUAUGAUGGGGAUGCCAUGGUUGGUUGCCUUACUUCUGCAAAUGUGUAUUCUUGCACUGCUGAAAACAUUGUUCAAAAUAGAUCUGUCCAAAAUUAUUACCUCAUGUCACCUAUCCAAUGCGUUCAUUCUUUCUCUUCCUGUUAAAACUUUAAAAAUCGCCUUCAUCUGUCUUAUGAGUGUUUUGUGUACUGCUGGAGGCUAACACUUCAGUAAUUUAUAUACAACUCCAUUUGAACAUCUUUUGUUCCUCAUUCUGUUUGCUUCUCUCAUUAGGAACUAUGCCUGUGCAUCUCAUUUUAAGCAUAUCUUCUCUGGUCUAAAUAAUAAAGAUUAGUCUCUAGGUCACGAAGUUGUGCUUGAACUGUUUUGAUGAGAUCCCUAAAUCUUGCUGUCCCUAAAAGGGGGUAAAGUGGGGAAAUGUGUGUGAACUGAAUGUCAUCUAAAAGCUUUGAAGAAUAUUUUUAUUCUUGCCAGUUGCACUCAAAAUGCAUGUUUAUUCAGACCAGGAUGCAAAUGAAGAUGAAGCUAUUGGUAUACAUCUUUUAUUUAAAAGAAAAAAAAGAACUUAAUUAUUUAUAGUUGAUGUAACUAAAUUGAUGCCAAUUUAACUGAUAAAUUAUAUUUGUUAAAAUAAAGACUACAUUUAUUUAUA